CACGCCACGUCAUCGUGCCGCAAUAACCGAACCAGACGUAUGAGAUGGAUCGCAGUGCACGACUUGGCGGUGGGACCUCCGUUAGCUCGGUGAACUCCGGAGUAACCCCGCUCAUGAUUUCAUGCCAAAAUGCUAAUGAGCUGGAGGUAAAGGCCAUCUUACAACGCAAGGUUCGAACCCAAAUACACUCGGAAGCAGCAUCCGUACGAGAUAGGACAGGCAAAACGGCGCUUCAUUAUUGUGCCGAAAAUCUUACCACUGCGUGCGCAGAGCUUCUUCUACAUUAUGAUCCAGGGUUACUGAAUGUUCAGGAUGAAGACGGUUAUACGGCCCUGCACUUCGCCGUAAUCAGUGGGAACAGAACGAUCACGAUGUACCUUAUUGACAAAGGAGCUGAUAUCAACUGCGUCGACAAUGAGCGGCAUACGUGUAUUCACUGGGCGACGGUGUGCGGUGAGCUGGAAUUGUUGAAUAUGCUCGUCGAACUGGGUGCUGAUCCAUCUACAGCGGACGUCAAUGGUGCACAUCCGAUUCAUUACGCGGCUCAAAUGUGCGCGCCAAACUCCGAAAUGGCAAACGAUGUCCGCGCAUCUCUACACGUCUUACGUAAGCUUAUCUCGCUUGGAGUGAGUGUAUCCGCUGAAGACGCCGACGGUCGUGGCCCCCUGCUCUGGGCUGCGUCAGGUGAGACGCUUCCGUCGAAGACGUAUUGUGCCAGCGCCUCAGCAGACGCGAUUCUAGAGCUAAUCAAUGCCGGCGCCGAUGUGCAUUCGGCCGACAAGGACGGCCUUACUGCUCUCCAUUGUGCGGCGAGCCGCGGUCAGGCCGAAUGCUGCGAGACGCUGUUGGCCCUCUGUUCAGCAGCUGUUGAUGUUCCAGACCUGAACGGUUGUUCUCCACUCUUCUACGCCGUUAGUUUAGGACAUGCUGAUUGCGCAGCCCUUCUUCUCAAACACGGCGCACAGCCUAAUCUGCAAGACAAGAAAGGCAGAACAGCAUCACACUGCGGUGCAUCGAAGGGACAACUCGAAACGCUCAAGAUACUCUUCCAUAAUGGCGCCAACUUAUGGAUACGCAAUGCGAAGGGCGAUCUGCCAUUGCAUGACGCUGUUUAUUCAGGUCGUCGCGAAUUAGUCCAUUGGAUGCUCGACCAUCAAGCGUCAUCUGUCAAUGCGGCCAAUUCUAGUGGCAAGACGGCGUUACAUAUCGCUGCGCUUGGCGACUCCAUCGAGAUGUGCAAAGUCCUCAUGGACUUCCGCGCCACCGUGAAUCCUGUUAUGAGGACUAAUAAGAGUGUCCUCAUGACUCCACUUGAUGCGGCCCUAUCACGGGGGAACUCAUCCGUGGCCAAAUAUCUUGUCCUUCAUGGAGCCUUGCCUUUUUCCAAGAUCACCGAUGUUCAUGAUGUGGACAGCUGGUUACAACAUAAUUUUAUCCAGAGCGAUCCUGACGAUAGUGGGGACAAAGACAAUACCUCAGCUGUUCAUGAUAGCACAUUGCCCCCGGGAAACGUCCCGCGAGAGAGUCAAUUUGGUCCACGCACCGGCGCAAGCGGUGCAGUUCAUAAUCGGCCACGUUUGGGAGCUACGCAGAGUGAUGAAAGGGGCACCUUUGUGGGAACCACUGGAGGUGGCAAAUCUGUCCUGGAUGCUUCUCUAGCUGGGCAUACUGACUCGGGUUAUUAUGACACAUCCAAGGAUAACAAUAACCCGAACGUUACCAACGUACAGGUUCUAUUAAACUCGCCACAGUUUGUCCGGAAGGCGGAUCAGCUGGCUCAACAGCAGCAGCAAACACAACAGGUACUCGUCUCAAAGAGUAUCCAAGACCCUGUUGGAGUCGGUGGCCGAAAUAUCAUCACGAAUGUGUACCUUGGCGGAAUAGGUCCUGGAAUAGUCGACUAUCUGCCCGUACCGGGUAACCCCGACGACGAAGCGUCGAUUGUCACCAGCGCUAAAAUCAACGUUGUACAAGAUGAGAACGAAAACAAUGUUCUACUGACAUCGAAUAUUGGGUCUGGUGUAGACCCCGUGGACGGAAGCAACCUACAGGUAUACCCUGACGAUGAAACUGAUGCUUCAAGGACGGACAGCCGAGCGCGGAAGAUGUCGACGGCGGAAACUGUGGACGUUGCUAUAACAGGUUUAGAGGCUAGUGAGGGUCUGAGUGGAGGAGGUGGACCUCCGCCACCGCGGGCAACUUCAUCGCCUAAAGGACAGCAGCAGACAUCGGGGCAACAGCCGCUGGAUGAACUCGACACAGUCGAGGCAGUUCAGGAGCCUGCCUUUGCUCGAAAAGUCAUGGAUGCUGAGUUGCUGCCCGGCGUUGAUUAUUUCCUCAUCGGCGAAACAGUUUCUGACACUGCUGUUUCGGCGAUGCCCUUCGUAGAAUUGAGAGAUUCAAGUACAAGCCCUAUUGCAUGGCUCAAUACGCAAAUUGAAACUAUCGCGACGUCGGACGUAGCUGUCGGCGGCGCGGAUGAUGCUGCCGUCCUUGACACCGAGGAUACGGCCUCCUCCCCCAUGGCCACUCUCGCACACGAAUCACAGGGCGUCCAAACAAUACCACCACCCCCAACUGAGGACACGCCUUGUAGUCCCAUUGUUAUCUCACCCCUUGAGAGACAUGCGGACAUGACUGACGGAGAAGCAAUGACCGACCUAACUAUGGAUGCUAUUAAUGAUACCGUGAGUGGUGCUUCUACCUCCGACAGGCCGAAACCAAUCAGUACGUCAACGGCCGUGGGCACGCCGGUAGAAUGUGUUGAUGCCCACGUCGGCAGCUCGCGUCCAGUAUCGAGAAAGACCAUAAAGUUUGAUCGAUCCACUAGUCCGAUUAAGAUAGCAGCCUAUAGCACUCCUCCAAGUGAACACGCUAACGAACGGGAAGAAUCUGAUCCCCGAUCAAGGUCCGACCGAAAUCUACAGGAAAAUAGUCGUCCUUCGGAUGAUGCCGCUGCUGCGACAGGAGACGCAGAUGCUGAAAGUCGCACUUCAAGUUCAGUUGAUCUGGGCGUCGAGCUGGACGCGGGUACACCUGUUUCAUUAGGAGAGCAACCAAUGCCUGACAUCACCAGAGGUGAUAUUACCAGCGACAUGGUAGCCGACAUCGAGAGACAGCUGAUUCGGACCGAAACGAAUCUUGGAAGUCCACAUAGUGCUAUGCCCGAAAGCAAUCAAAGCUCGGAAAUACAACGAAAAUAUGCGAACGCUAUGGCCGCCGUAGGUGAACAGUUACCCCAAUAUCACAGGCCAGGUACAAUGGCCGAUGAUUCUGACCUCACCCGGCCUCGAAAGGUGCAGCGAAAACAACCACAUCAUCUCGAACACCACCUCGACUCCCUCGCCGGAGCAGGAUUUCGAGGGCAUACCCAAAAUGUCAACGAAGAUAUCGUCAAGACGGUUGGCGAUAGCAUUCGCAGGUACCGACUCGAGCAUAAGCUGUUCAGCGAACUCCAAGAAUUGAAACGGCACCAGAUCCGUUCCAAGCAGACAAAUGAAAACGUUCUGGUAAAGCGAAUGGUUGAUCAUUUUCGCUUGGAGGUUCUGGCGCCCGGUAUGCGUGACUAUGCUGGCUCUUACACCUUCCGAGAGUUCGAACGUUACCUCUAUGGACAACUGCGAGAUGUAGCAACAGCGGCUGAUCCGGAGACGGCUGGCGGGUCAUCGGCUCCCUCUUCAACCGCCUCUCCACUUGACCCGUCAUUUGGUCACGUAACAACCGCAGGCUCAAGUGGCCCUUCAUCCUUUCAGACAGUUACGCUUCCACCGCCGCCGUCGACGUCAACGGCGCUGUCACGACCAGUGGGUGUGGCGAGUCAAAGGACUCCAUCCCCAAGCAAGCAGGCAAUCGGCCGAAAGGCGAACGUUAACAAUAUGAAACCAGCCGAAAGACGCAUAUUGGACGACACUCCUGUAAAAUUGCCGGGCGAACGUGAGGCCGUGAGUGGUGCUAAGGGGCUCAGUACCACUGGCGCUCAAAAACGAGUGUUACCCAGAAUUGGAAACCGGGAAGAGGGUCAAGCGGGGAUACAACUCGGUGGAGGUGGAGAGGAACGACUUUUUGAAGAAGGACCUAUGCCUUCGCGUACGAGACGUGCUAUAGGCCUGCGGCCGCCCACGAAGCCGACACUUCCAAGGCAUCGAUCGCCAUCGGUGGGGAAACACGGUACUGCCGAAUCUAGUAUCGAAGGUGCCGAAGACAAAGACCGAGUUCAGCAAAGUAUGCGCGAACAAGAGCGUGAUAUUAGCAACAGUGAACACCAGACAGGGGUGUCGAGCUCCUUUAAAGACGUCUCGACUCCCAAAAAAGAUGUUGUAACUAAAGAAAGUGCUGUCCCUCUAAGUGACAGAGGGGUAACUUUCGGCUUAGCAGAUCAACCAGUAAGAUCACAAAAGAUCACGCUCGUCGACAAAAUGUCAGGAAGGCUGCAGCAGACUUCGACUACAACUAAGCUGUCGGAAAAAGGCGGGGAAACGGAGACUUUUGACACCGCUGUCAAGGACGGCAAAGAAGUUAGCAAGGAUAAAAGUACACGAAAACGUCGAGCAGAGUUGCCCUCACGUAAAGCCCGAAGCCUUAGUCGGAAACGAAGUCCGGGUGAAGGUGAACCCCAGUUUGCCACUGCUACCGGACCAAAUCGAGGUAGCGACACACCGAAAGCGCGAAGCGAGGAACGGGACCGGCGACCGUUUUCGUACCUAAAAAAGAACGGAGGAAAGCAAAGCUAUAGCAGCAAAAAGAUUGCAGAUGAACAUAAACAACCCACGAUACAGCCGCUCCGAAGUAAGACAUUGUCUGCAGCACCAGGACAACACGUCAAAGACUCAAUUGGAGCAACGUCCUUUCCAAGUGGAAUGGAAAAUGUCGCCGGGGGUAAAAAUCUUCCACCUUCGGGUGCUGCGUUGAAAGCGCCCAAACAGGAAGUUUCAUCUUCAAAUGAGUCCGACCCUGCCGGAGCUGAUUCUAAUGCUCGCGGUUUCCUUAUAGAUAUCGCUGUCUUUUUACUGCCUCGGUACCCACGAGUGCGACCCACCUUUUUCCGUCAAAACCUGGCACGCUUUAGACCUGAUGCACCCGCUGUACUGUUGUUUGAUGCUUAUGCCACACCCAAAACUUCUACAGUGAGAUUAGCACAUGGUGUCACAGCAGGUAAAUCGCCACCUAGAUCAUCAAAGUCCCCGCGCCGUCGUCAGGUUAUAACCAGAUCAUCCCGUGAAUCGCCGAGGUCAUCAGCCAUGUUUCCGUAUAUGGUGUCUGGGGACAAGAACGUUGAUCCAGAAGAACGAAGCAAGGCAGAUCAAGAAAGCGAUAGUAAAACCUGCCGUGCCUCCGCGGACGAAAAACAUAUUGUUGAUGAUAAAACUGUGUCGGUGCUUAAUGGCAAAAUGGUCACCGAAACAGCUGUCUCUGGGACAGUAAAAGGCGUCAGCUCUGCUAAAGCGGCGAGGGACUCUCGGCAAAGCCCGACGAUGUCCAAAGCUAAGAUUGUUACGUCAACUCAAACAGAAGAGUGCAAAGAACGAAUUACAGAAGUUCACGUUAAAGAAGUAGAAACCUUCAGCAGUGUAAAGACCCAUGAACAGACCCGCGAAGAAAUUGUCACUGUAGAGUGGAAGCCUCAGGGGCUCGGUCGCUCGAAACCAUCCGACAUCGAACGGACUGUUAACAGGGAACAGGGAAAUAAUGAAAAAACAUCAAGUACUGAACACGAACCUCAUGUGCAGCUGCGUCGGACGGCAGCCAAGGUUGAAAGCACGUCCUGUGCCAUAGGUGACGAUGUAACUCAUCCUCAAAAAGUCGAUAUCUCGAAGGAGCGCGAUCAGUUGAGUAGGUCGCCCGGUUCGACAGCUACCUCUCCAGGCCUUGGUCCAACAAUAACCAGUUCAGCCCGUCGGAAACGAGCUCAGUGGAACAAAAGUGGAGAAAUUACUAUCAUGCCGAUGGGUUCCGACGAACUUGAAAGUCUGGAGCACCAGGAAGCCGUCGAUGGUGCGGCUGCUGGACUCAGUGGCGGCCCCGCGGAAACGCUCGAUGCGGCGAAAUCAAUUGGAGAAGCAGCAGUAGGUGAACGUAACAGCGACACGAAAUCCAAAGAAUCUUGCAAGAUACGAUCAUCUGAGAGUCGCUCCUCAGCAAAGAUCGUUCGUGGUAUCCUUGGCGAUGACGUCAAUCCCGAUGAUUUAGUAACGCUUGAGAUGGUCCCCAGCAAUAGUGAAAGCGGAGCGUCUCAGAGUGGCGCUGCCAGUCAAAGGCAUAAAUCUCUCGUUCGAACCAUUAAAGUCAGGGACAUUCUUGAAGCCGCCGACAACGAAGACCUCGUUAUCCGACAGGCAGAACUGCGAGCUUCUAAUGUCCCCACUCCGCCGUCCUCCACGACGCCGGUAGGAUCCUCAGGCUCGGAUGAAGAGAUGGUCGAAUUUAUUGUUCGACACGGCCGAGAAAAGAAUAUCUUUUGGCUACCGGCGUCUAGGAUUACGCAGGACCGAAAAUGGCAGGUCACGUUCGUUGUGGCAAAAACUACAGGAAACAAUAACAAUAAUAGUACGAACACUGGUCCCUCUACCGUAGAGAAAACACCUGUUGCAGUCACUGCCAAGACAACGUAGAUAAAUUAUAACCAUGAAAUUGUGCCCGACUUAGGCGUAAUAGCUGGUCUCAUUGUCUGUAGCAUUGAAACAGCAUCGUUUAAACCACUUGAGGAAAUAUCAUUGGCUGAUGAAUUGGUAAUAACUUAUUUCCUAAUUAAAAUCAUGAUAUUUGAUUAUGGAAUAAGACCUAACUACCGACGCUAAAUAUUUAGGCAUUGAAGUUGACCUUCCACGCUGAACUAUUUUUUUUUUGUAUAUGUUUAAAAACGAGUAAAAUCACGCAUACGAGAUGAAUAGGCAACGUAGUUCAUAGCAAGAUUAUUCAAGGACACAUAGAACUGUUUGAGGCCUAGUCUGAGGUACUGAAACAAGAAGAUCAUCGGACAGUGUAGACUGUGCGGCAGCUAUCGCAAAAGUUUUUGUGUAAGAGCACGCCUUAUUACAUAAAACAUUCAUUGUAUUUAUUCUAGAAGCUGACUGCAGCACCGUGUAACGAUUAGCCGCGGUCCCGCCUGGGAAAACAAAAUACAUACUAGUUUUAUUGGUUCCUUUUUUCUUAAGCAUGAAUCAUUGCUUAUCCGUGAGACGGUACAUCUAUGGCCACAAUUGCACGUAUGUGUUCGUAGUCCUUCAUGCAAAGCAUAAUUUUCUUCCGCAGAUGGCGUGUGUGCAUUCGCAAGCCGCUAAAUAAGCUUUUUAUGUAGGAAAAUAAACCCAGUCAACCAUGUACCAGCGCAAAUAACCGUUUGGUGACUCAAUCUAUUGGGUUGUAGGAAAGAUUUUGCUAGUUAGAUUGAAGUAACGUGUCCCAGGUUAAUAUCCCCGGAUCGACAUCAAUGUCGUUUAAAGCUGAGAUCUGAUAGUACUAGACGAGCUAGCGUAUUAGAAUACUAAAAAGAAUAUUCAGACUAAGUAAAACGCCUCGCAGACAAGUCAGGUUUCUACAAAAACUUGUUACGCUUUAGAGUUUACUAUGACAAAGGCAAAAUGCUACUUAGAUCAGUAUAAAAAAUUUUUGGAAAAAAAAUUUGGGACGUUAUGGCCAAGUUGCGUCACCGAAAAAAUAAACAGUCUAAAGAUGUCUCUGUCGCUUUCUUUCUGGGAGUUUUCAUGUGAAAGAUGUCUCUUGUAGUGGUUGGCAAGUUGCGGAAAAAGUUGACUAAACACUAUCGUUUGACUAAAUAUCCACCACCUUUUUACAGCUUUUAGACCAUUUAAAAAAAAAUGGCUACAAAAAGAAGCACAUUAAUUGAUGCAAGAGUAUUUACCUGCUCGUACUUCUGCCUCCGAUAGCCUACAAAAGCCAACCAAGCUGACCAGUGUCUAAAGGUAUUGAUCACAGAUGAUGGAAAGUAGAUCACAUAUGUGCAAAAAAAUGUGUGCUCCAGGGCCUCUGGCAAAGCUUGGACUGACGCCGGUGAUCCUGAUAGAAGUGAUGGGUGAAGCUGUUUUUGGUGGCCUAAUGCGACGAUUGGUUUGGAUCUCUGCUAUCAACGACUAACAAAAUUACAACAAGCUAUUGAAAACAAAUCAAGUGAAGCUAGUAAACAGAAAAAAACAUGCCAUCCGAUAAUUAAGGGAAUUUGCAUAGAAAAUUCUGAAGUACCGGCUGUAUAGCCCGGAUCUUGUACUAUCAGACUAUCAUCUGUUCCGCUGUCUGCAGAACCUCCUUAAUGGGUUAGUUUUAAUUCCAAUAAUGGGAUCCAAAAAUUACAAUCAUACGGCCAAAACUUACACAUGAUGUACCGAAGAGGUGUUAGAAAAUUUAGUUCAGUACUAUUGCAGCACUCACUCUGGUCACGCCAUUACGGCUAACCAUGCCUCCCACUAAGUACAACUUGAGUACGGUCAGGUAACUUGAGUUAACGUCAUUCAAGCAUUGCUGUUCGUCUGUAAUAGGUGCAAGGACGCAACGCCAAAAACAACCGGAAAUAUAUUUCGAUGUAAUGACGGCAGCAUAUGCAAAAACAAUCGUUGAGCUACUUUCAAGUAGCCAAAGUUAUCAUUAAUUAUUCUUGGUUCUCAUUUGAAUUUUGGUCGAACGCAUCUUUGAACUGAUAAAGCAAAACUCAUUUGAAUCGCCCCCAUUAAGAACCUUGUAAAUAAGUAAAACAUAUUUUACAGUUAGGACUUAUUCCUCCCUGGAUUCUGAACUAUGGUAGAAAUAGGACAAAAUAUCCAUGCGAAAUUUCUGCUGAAAACCAUUCAGCUUUGUUCAAUGUUCGAACUUCCUUCCCUGUUUUGUAUUUUAUUUAUUUACCACGUGCAUAUCAGGCCUUCCAGCUUUAAGUCAAAUAUAUAUUUACUAUAUGUGCGCAGUAUGUGUGGCAAUUAUCGGGAAAGCCAUCCUAUUUAACUGUUAUCCAGACAGACCGAAUAAUGUUAUAAAGACUGACCACAUUUGAUGGGCAGUAGAGUAAUGAUUUUAACGAUUCAGAAAAGCUAAAAUCCCAACGUUCCCUAUAGCCCGGCCUUCCUAGCAUUAAAUACCAUGUAGAAUCGGAGUACGCGUUAUGGCCUAAUUCUGCCUAAUAUUGCACGAACAUAUUUAGGCAAGAAAGUAGUCCCAUAGACUAGAUAUAUCACUAAAAGUAAACAUAAAAAUAGACUGAUAACGCUUUCAUUCUUUCCCGGCACCCUGAAGAAUCCAUCUAAAGAUAUCACAAAGCUGCAUAAUUAUUCGGUCUCAAUGUAAAUGUACGUCGCAUAUGUUUGGGUAUUACCCUUGUGCUGUGUCGGCCGGGUACGAAGCAAUAGGUCAAAACAUUUCGUUCCUAAAGGUAGAAUUGCGGCCGAGAGAACGUCGAAUCGAUAUUAUGGAACUGGCGUCAGGCCAAAUAAAAUGACAGUAGUAGUAAUCAAAUGAAAGAUAAACUUCUGUUUAGGUAGAUGCAUCAAUUUGGCAGGCACGACAGAUUUAUGAAAACGUAAGUGGAGCAUAAGUAGGACUUUACGUCUCUUAAAAUGUAUGUAUCCUUGAUGCUUACGCAAGUCGCAUAAUGUAUCUAGGCGACGUGUGGCGAGAAUCGAGCCCGUUAUGUGGGGUUAAUACGACCGUUAAUCAGUUUCGACUUUCGCCUAGGUUGUCGGUGACAUUGAUAACUGAACUGAGGUUCUUUGAAGAACUGAACUUUAAUGAAAUACGUACGUGUGGAGAGGACGGGCUCACAAGAAAUACGCAAUGUAGUCAAUUAAAGCACGUAGACCUAGGUUAGACAGUGCCAUCUGAAGGUUUACCUAUUACAAUGGCUCGAAUCAAUAGGGUUUGGCAGCAAACCUACGUUGAAUCUCGACCUGAAUUUAACCGUCGAGUGUAGCCAAUUUAUACACGCUCAAACUCACCGGUAGACGCAGAAUCUUUAAUAUUACCUAAUUACGCCACCUCAUCGCUAUUACUAGCAUUACUGUUAUUAGUAAAUGAUUUUG